AUAACGGCCUGGGACACGAACAGUCUAAACUUAACUCGUAUCUUAAGCAGAACACCGCCGGCGAACUGCCCACCGAAAAAAAUCUCGCUUUUUUUUUCAAUCGGUCAGCACGUGAAAUCGUUCAGGAGGGUCAACAAAAAUGAGUCGUUUAAUCGUUUUGUCUUUCGCCCUGUUUUGCGUGUCGACCGUGUACACAAAAGCUCCAAACCAGAAAAUCCAAUUCACCAGCUCCUCCGGAUCGUACGUGUCGACCUACGACCAUUUGGACCUGACACAUUUGCUGAAGAACGACAAGCUGGUGUCGGCAUACAUCAGGUGUUUCCUAGACGAAGGGGUUUGCACGUCGGAAGGCAAACAAGUGAAAGCCGUCUUGUUGCCGGAAAUUAUAUCUACCGUGUGCUCCAAAUGUUCAGAAAAACAAAAGACCAUGGCCAGGCAAGUGUUGAACCACAUCUACGUAAAGAGACGACCAGAUUUCGAGAGGAUCAUGCAGAAAUAUGACAAACAGGGUAAAUACAACGAAAUCGUAGCGUUCAUGAAUGAAGGCGAACGCACCAAAUCUGCCUGAACAACUUUAUAACGUUUUUUCGAGACUGAUUACCGUUGUUUUUAACAUGACCAAUAUGUAUACCUAGUAGUUAUUGAUGAUAUUAAUUAGGAUUAAUUUAUUAAGAUAAGAAUUUUUAUUUAUUUUCAUUUUUGUAAUACUUGUAUCGCGUUAUGAUUAAAAUAUCGAAUACACACCAGGUUGAAAAUACUACCUAUGUAAAUGCCUAUAAUAUAAAUAUAUAUAUAUAUUUUGCAUUUGAACAAAAUUGUAAUUAUAUUCCAUGAAAAAAAAAGACAAAAAUUAACGAAGGUAGUAUGUAUAAAAAAAAAUGUAUUGCUUUUAUUAUUCCUAGGCCUGAUCUUGUAUAAUAUGUUGGAUAUGGCUAAUGGUUUUCACACUUUUUUUCACUUGUUAAUGCAUUUUAAUACUACGAUUGCGCGCUAAUUUUUUUCUAAUGUACUAAUAGACAAGUUAAAAAUAGCGGCAAAUAAGUGUUGAAUAACACAUACGUACAUUUCAGGUUAAAAACAAUUUUUUUUUUGUAAAUUAUGCAUUAUAAGUUAAGUCAUUUCAAUUUUAUAUAUUUAUUUAGCACGCCAAAAAUUUUUUCAUUUUAAUUAAGUUUAUAUUUAUUGCUUCAAAUAAGUUGCUGAGGUAGGUUAAUUGUAUAGAAAUAUUUGGCAAACGUCGAUACGAAUUUGUUUUAAAUAAAAACACGAUCGAUUGUUUUUUGUUUACAAUUAAUCACAAGCCGUACUAAUUAUUGUUGAUCUAUUUAUGACUUUGUCUAUGGAAAACAAUUGUUUAUACUUACACCAUGACAACUAUAUUAUACUCUGUCUAAACCUAAAAUGUUGUUAUUAUAUUAUUAUAUUGCAAACCAAAAUAUCUCAAGAGUUCAAUAAUGAAAAAAACAUUGUGGUAGGUAUGUCUAAAACCCGGGACAGGACGGGAUGGAAUGGACAUGUUUCCAUAAUGCAGUAUUGCCACUGGGACAAAUAAAAUAUGUUUUUACACAUCACAUUUUUAUCCCCCAAACCCCUAGAAAAGUUAUUUUUAAAGGGCCCCCGAGUUUAACGGAUCGAAUCCAACUAGUGAAUUCAAUAAUAAAUUCAUUGUUGUUUCAAUAUAAAACACAAAUUUAUUUAUUUAUGUUUUGAAAAUAUUUUAAGUA